AUAUGCGGUCGCAGUUAAGAGCUUGCUCCGACCGUGGAAAGACCUGAGUGCUCAGGUUUUAAAAGCGCCACUGGAACUCGCCACUGUUUUCGUUGCUCUUCUCUGUAUAUCGGAGGUCCGAUACAAUAAUAUAGUCUUUUAGUUCUUUUCGGUCAAAAGAACACAAAUCGUAGCUCUUAAAAUUUGUGUGGACUAUCUGAUGAACAGCUUCUGCGGAAAAAGGUAUAGCCAACUUCACCGGAAGAUGAGUUGCUUCAAAUACUAUGGAUAGGGAAUAAAAACUAAUUUCCUUACUCAUCGUUCUGCAUGGAAGGUUUGACCAAGAACAGCCGACUCAGCAGGCAGGGAUCUCGAGUGAGACGUCACCGUAGUCAGGAGUGGCAGGAUUACAGCAGCUCGGACAACGAGGACCACCACCACGUAGAUUCCAGAGCUUAUCGAUAUCCUGCGACUGCUGAUGAGCCCUACGACGAGCAGAGGGCGGCAGACAACAGGAAGCAUGGACUCGAAAGAGGGAGAGGGAGAGGAGCUAUUAAUGGUCGAUCAUACAGUCACAGCAGUAUGGAACUCCUCACUGGGCGGAAUUACUACAGUGGAUCAGAUGAAGGAUUGGAACCUGUUGAAAAUGAUGUCAUAUAUCAAUCUGCUACACCGCCAAUAAUAAACUCUUCUACAGUAAUGCCUCCACAAGGCAAAUACAGUGGCUAUGGCUCUCUGCCACGUCAGCCGAAUCAAGACGGAACAAGAGAACAGCAGCCCUCACCCCAUCCAAACCAGCAAUCUUCCGGUGGACGCGACUCGCGAAGAGGGUCAGCCACCGCCUUGCAGAAUGCUACACCUGGCACACCUAGGGGGCGGAUGUCACUGUCACUUCGAAGAGGCCCCUCGUCCUCCUCCACCUCGGACAAUAAUUCAGACGCCACCUUCACGGACACGGAGUUCCAUGCCAGCAGACGUGGGCUUCAGAGCCAAAGUGUGUUUGGAGAGAGUCCACCAGAGCCAGCACCUCCAGCCGUUCCCCCUAGGAGUAUGAAUGCCAUGCAUCCUAUGGAAGCAUUGGGUCGUCGGGCUCGAUUAGGAUACUUGGAAAGUGAAUGUGAAUCUGAGCCUCCCUAUCUCCCAACAAUGCUAACAUCCACACUUAAUGCUUACGCAUCCCAAGAUUUAAACACAAAUUCCAAUCCAGCAAAAUCACAUUUAGAUGAGCAUCCCGAAGAUGAGACAGAGCUUCUUAGUAGUGGUAACCGCAUUAACUCAUCUGAAAACGAUAGAAUAUACUCACCACCCCAACAACCAACUCCAUUACCUCGAGCAGAUGCGAAUUCUAGUACAGGUCCUAUUCCUCCCGCAAAAGAGUUACCAACAGGUAGCCUUCACUCCUCCACGACAGUGGCAACCACUAUAUCUGCAACCACCAACAACAGCACAGGGUCCAGCAACACCGGUGCAACUUACAGCAACCCUAUUCCUGUCUUCUGCAGUACCCCCAGCUCAACAACUGGACCCAUGGUCCCGAUCGCCAAUUGCGUUAACCCUCAACUGAUCCAACCUCCCACGGCACCCCCUCCUGCAUCAGGGGCAAGAAGACCUUUUAAAACUACAACUUCUGCAUUUUCCGCUUCAGCUGCAAUGGCGUCGUCCAGAUUCCACUUCAGGAAAAACUGUAGCAGGAAGUGUACGUGGAAGAUUGCAACCAUUGUGCUUGCAGUAAUUGCUGUAAUAUUGUCCGCUUGUGUUGCCUAUUUUGCUGCUGUUGGUGGUAUGGAUGAUGCGUUAGAUGGAGCUUCGCCUUGUAUCGUUGUCGGAGAUGGACGACAAAGUGGUGGUGCUACAGGUACGCCACUCUCCUUGUUAACAAAAGAUGUGGGGCAUAUGAUAACACCCCAACCAGUCUGCGUUGUUGUACCUCGUGAUAUUUCUGAAUAUGAAGAAUUACUACCCGGUAAUGAAGAUUCACGAACGCUGCAACCACAAGAAUCGUGGAAUACAUUUUUCAGCCAUCCUGAAGCUUCCUUCGUGAGGCUGAAUUUCACGGUUCCUCACAACUCACGUUUGGCACUUCUGGCGAGAAAAAAUGCACCGCCAUCCAUUACGUCCUACGAUAUUAUGGAAGUGAUUGGCGACGAGUUGCGGCGAUAUGUUCGAGGUACAUUGUCACGCCAGGAAGUAAGCUUCUUGCAUUUUCUUGAACCUGGUACCUGGUAUUUUUCCAUCAUCAAUGAUGACAGUGCAACUGUUUCAAUUUCCUUUCUGCCCUCUUUAGCCAGGGACGUGCCAACGUCGUGCCCAAACAAUUGUCAUCACCAUGGCAACUGUCACCUGGGGAAGUGCCACUGCUUUCCGGGCUAUAUAGGACAUGACUGCGCUGACAGUGUGUGUCCAGUUCACUGCAGUGGACGAGGACGUUAUCUGCAGGGGUCAUGUCGGUGUGAAACUGGCUGGAAAGGAACAGAGUGCAACGUUCCAGUAACCGAGUGCGAAGUCAACGAUUGCAACAAUCAGGGCGUUUGUGUUGCUGGUAAAUGCAAGUGUAGGCCAGGAUAUAAGGGUGCUCAUUGUGAAGGAGUGGACUGUUUGGAUCCACUCUGUUCCGGCCACGGGGCGUGCGUCAAUGGGCAGUGCUGGUGCAAAACUGGGUGGAGAGGUGUUAAUUGCAGUGAGGCUGACAAUCGUUUAAGUCGGUGCUUUCCUGAUUGCAAUAAACACGGAGUCUAUGAUUUGGAAAGCGAACGAUGCAUAUGUUUCGAUCACUGGGCUGGACCCGACUGUUCUAGAGUUCCUUUUGUUCCACCUACUGUAGCAAAAUGUGGACUCGACUGCGGCAACAACGGUCAGUGCGAGGAAGGGCGAUGCCGCUGUGACGAUGGAUGGACCGGCUCCCGCUGUGACCAGAAGACUUGCGAUGAUCGCUGUCAUGACCAUGGCCAGUGCAACAAUGGAACGUGUGUCUGCGUCCAAGGCUGGAUGGGAACGCAUUGCACUUUAGAGGGAUGCCCGGACACUUGUGGAGGAGUUACUCGAGGGCACUGCGUUCAAGAGGAUGGCCAGUGGAGCUGCCGUUGCAACGAUGGCUGGGGUGGAAAGGACUGCAAAACGAAACAAGAAACAAAAUGUGCAGACGAUAAAGAUAACGAUUCAGAUGGGCUGAUUGAUUGUGCAGACAGCGAAUGCUGUCUCAAGGAUGAAUGCAAAGACAGUUUGAUGUGCCUUUCCGCACCCGACCCUUUAGACAUUCUGCUCCGAAAGCAACCACCUGCGGUCACAGCUACUUUUUAUCAAAAGAUGAAAUUCCUGAUUGAAGAAGACAGCGUGCAGAGCUAUGCACAUAGAGAUGAAUAUUCAGAGAGCCAAUUCUGGACUGCCUUCGCCAAGAGCCGAGUCUCAGUGGCUAGAGGUCAGGUGGUCAACAAAGAAGGAACUGGUUUGAUCGGCGUACGAGUAAGCGUCGCAACAGAUCCACAGUUUGGAUUCACUUUAACCAGAGUAGAUGGUUGGUUUGAUAUCCUGGUGAACGGUGGCAGUGCCGUUACUCUGCAAUUCCAACGGAAUCCUUUCCAUCCCAUAAAAAGAACGGUGCUCGUGCCCUGGAACGAUAUAGUUGUCAUGACACCAGUUGUAAUGUCAGCGUUGAUGGACGCAGAUUCCUCCUCCGCCCCAUUAUCCUCAGAUGCGUGUCUGGUCCACGACUACGAUCACAUGAAACCCAUCGUUUAUCAGACAUGGAGGCCGGUUUCGGAAGGUGGCUGCACGGAGAACAGCGCUAUCAUUGCAGAGACACAGGUCCUACAAGAGAGCUUAUCAAUUCCUGGUUCAGACUUGCAUCUCGUGUACCACAGCAGCCAUGCGCAUGGAUAUUUGUCCACAAUUCAUCUACAGAUGACACCCACCAACAUCACUUCUGACUUGCGUUUGGUUCAUCUGCAUAUCAUUAUUGAAGGAAUAUUUUUCGUGAAAGUUUUUGAGGCGGACCCUGAAAUCAAAUUUACGUAUGCUUGGAACAAGAGAAAUGUCUACAAGCAAAAAGUCUAUGGCCUAACUACAGCUAGAGUAUUUGUCGGUUAUGAGUACAGCACUUGUCAAGGCAUCAUUUGGACAUCCCAUUCAAUGACACUGAAGGGAUACGACAUGGAUACAUCCGAAUUAGGAGGAUGGAAUUUAGACAUACACCAUCGAUAUAAUUUCCACGAGGGUGUUCUUCAAAAAGGAGAUGGGACUACUAUUUACUUCAAGCAACAACCCCGUGUAAUAUCCACCCUUAUGGGCACUGGCCACCAAAGACCGUUACUGUGUCCUGAGUGUAAUGGGAUGGCGAAAGAAGCCAAACUUUUGGCUCCCGUGGCUCUCACAUCUGGUCCCGACGGCAGCGUCUACGUGGGAGAUUUCAAUCUCAUCAGAAGAAUAACGCCAAAUGGUCAAGUGUACACAGUAUUCAGAAUGAGAACAACAGACAUGUCAACUCACUAUCACAUAACGCUCAGUCCCACAGAUGGUCAUUUGUAUAUAUCUGAUCCUGAAAGGCACCAAAUACUGAGAAUCAAUUCAUUAGACAAAGUGGAGGACCCGGAAUCAAACUACGAUGUUGUUGUUGGAAGUGGCGAUCGCUGUCUUCCUCGGGAUAGAGAUAAUUGUGGAGAUGGAAAACCAGCUUUAGAAGCAAGACUUUCUUAUCCUAAAGGAAUGGCUGUAGCAGUGGAUAAUACAUUGUUUUUUGCUGAUGGCUCUAACAUUCGGAUGGUCGACAGUCGGGGAAUCAUUCACACUUUGAUCGGAGACCAUCACCACAAACGCCAAUGGAGGCCGAUUCCGUGCUCGGGAACAUUAAGAGUGGAAGAAGCAAAAUUACGAUGGCCAACGGAUCUUGCAAUUAAUCCUUUGGAUAACUCUCUCUACUUUAUUGAUGAUCACAUGGUAUUGAAAUUGACACAAGAUCACAGAGUAAUGGUUAUGGCAGGACAUCCUGUAUACUGCCGUCCACAACCAAGUCUUCUAAGAACACGGAUAGCAGGUGGUAACCUAUUAUGGUCAUUGAUUGGUUUCACAUUUAGUCCCACUGGCACUAUGUAUUUGGCUGAAGUCGAUGCAAAAAACGUGCAUCGAGUCCGGAUGCUAACUUCUGACGGAGAACUACUGCACUUUGCUGGGCGAGAAGGCCUUUGUGAUUGUGAAUGGCAGAAUUGCACUUGUUCAUCUAAAGAUGAAGGACAACUUGCAGUGGACACUAGACUAUUAUCUGUAACAUCAUUAACGGUAACGGGAGACGGGGUUGUCCAUAUUGCGGAUCAAGGGAAUUUGAAAAUAUUAUCGGCUGUACCAUACAUACCUGCAGCAGACAGCAAUCAAGAAUACCAAAUAUCUUUUCCGGAGCAUCAUGAAAUAUAUGUCUUCAAUAAAUAUGGACAGCACAUAACAACAAAGAACGUGCUCACUGGGAUGACGAUGUACAAUUUUCAUUAUAACGUCAACACCAGUUUUGGAAAACUGAGUGCUGUAACAGAUGCCUCCGGAAACAAAAUGGCAUUCCUUCGAGAUCAAGGUAACAGUCUGCACACCAUCGAAACAGCCAGAGGUCAAAAAUGUCGUGUGCAAAUGGGAAAGCAGGGAACACUGGAAGUAUUCGUGGAUCCUGAUAAUAUGGAAACGGUCUUUGAUUAUGAUAGCAAUGGAUUGCUGAUUAGCAGAUCAGAUGCUGCUGGUAGGUCAUUUUUCUACCUCUAUGACGAAAAUGGAAGAUUGACUCAAGUCAUCAAACCCAGCGGUCAAGAGAUUUUCCUUACGUUCGAUCUGGGACCUGAUGGAGCUUCGGUAGUUUCGACUGAUCAAAACAAAGGAGAGCAUUCAGUAGUUACCGUCAAAGGAAAUACUGUAGUUAGCCAGCAAGGUUCGUCCGCUGUCAAAACCACGAUUCACCAGGAUGGCGUUAUUGAAGUCGAAACUCCAUGGCAACAGGGAUUAGUGUGGGAAUCCAUGCCUCAUCCAGUUUUAAUGGGAAGCCUGCCAGUACAAGCAGGCAUGUUCCCUGUGCCGCUGAUGCUGACCUCCUUUGAAGGAGAGGACAAAAAUACUGUGUCCUCAUGGAAUUACGAGAUAAAGUAUAAGGAUAAUAACAUCACUGCUGUUGAAAGGAUAUUAGUGAUAAAUGACACUCAGCUCUUGACAGUUGAAUAUGAUUGGAAUGCUGGUCGUGAAAUCGUUUACAACAGUUCCCGAAGACCCUUCCUUGUUGUGCAAUAUGAUGGUUUCUCCAGGCCUGUCCAGUGGCUUCCCACAGACACGAGAUUGCCUUUGAACCUGAAUUAUGAGAGGUUGGGCCGAUUGUCGACUUGGCAACAGGGGGCCUUGUCCGAAACGUAUGCAUACGAUAGAAUGGGCCAUCUAACAGAAGUCAAGAGCCCGGAUGCUCCGGCUAUGAAAUUUUCUUACGAAUCUAAGACUCGGCCUGCAAAAAUUACUCUUCCAAGUGGGCGUAUUUUUACGUACCAUUACGAUGAGAAUGGAGGUCUGAAAUACGUGAUUACUCCAAACGGCACUCGACACACUUUCUCGGCAUAUGUUUCGAUAGGUUUCUACAAGUUACUCUACACCCCUCCAGGAAAUACUGGCUCUUACGUGGUUCAUUUCAAUGACCAGAAGCUGCCCUUGCUGAAAACGUAUCCGGGAGACCUCGGAAGAGCUUUGUAUCGCUAUGACGACAGGAUGAAGCUGACGGCAAUCGUGUACGGCGGCGGUAUGAUUGAAAGGAAGUACAGUGAUACCGGAUUUUUGAAUUUUGAAGCUUGGAAAACUCAAGAUGUGGAAAUUAUCAGUGAAUUCUUGUAUAAAGGUUCCUCUCUGAUCCGAUGGAAAAUGAAAUUCAAUAGCCCUUUCCUGCUAACGAAUGCGGUGUUCACCUACUCAUAUGACAGCAUGCACAGGCUCGUUACCAUUGUUCCGAAGAUCGGGAACGCCCAGCUCCUUCCCCUGGAAUUUUCCACUAAUUUGACGACUGGCCGAAAAGAGCAGAUUGGGCCCUUUCGAUGCUACGAGAGAUUUCAUAAUGAAUCUAUAAUAUCUGAUGGCGUGGCUUCGGUUACAAGGCAGAUUGAUUCACUAUAUAGACUCAAGUUUCUGUCUAUUGUCAUCAGCGAUAAGGAGGUAUACAGGAUCGAUAUGCAAUAUGAUAAUCGUAAUGCUGUGACCCAAUCAAAAAUCUAUAUGAAGCACCUUGGCGUAUCCAAAGUGCGAGUACAGAAUUACUCUUACGAUGAAGAUGGCCAACUUGUUGAGAUGGUGGGGAGAGACCACUGGAAAUUUCACUACGAUGUCAAUGGCAACAUGGUCACAAUGCAGUACAUGGGCAACAAAAUAGAUAUACAGCACGUCACAGGUGACAGGAUAGUAAGCUUCGGAGAAACUCCUUAUGUUCUAGACGGACGCGGUUUCGUCAUUCAGAGGGGAGAGGAACGACUGGUGUACAAUACGAAACGUCAGUUAACAAGAGCCUUCCGUGUAGGGAGAUAUGACAUUGAUUACUAUUAUGAUGGACGAGGCAGACUUUCCGUCAGGAAGGACAACGUAGGUAAUGUGACACAGUUUUUCUACGCAGACCCCGAGAAGCCCUUUUCUGUUUCUCAUAUAUAUAAUAACGCCGACGGACGUACCAUCACUUUGAUGUACGACGACAGGAAUUACCCUAUGUUCAUCCUUCUGAAUAAAGAGAGCUUCUACAUAGCCACCGAUCACACAGGUAGUCCAUUAUUAGUUUAUGACGUUUACGGAGAUGUCGUGAAAGAAAUCCAUAGAGGACCGUACGGACAUGUGCUGUUUGACUCCAAUCCGAAUUUUUAUCUGCCAGUGGAUUUUCAAGGUGGAUUAUUGGAUCCAAUGACUGGACUUAUACAUUUCGGCGACAGAGUGUAUGAUUCUUUGGUUGGACAAUGGAUGACACCAGGUUGGGAUGAUAUAUUGAAAUCGCUACCGAAUCCUAGAAGGUUCCAUUUGUAUAGGUUUAAUGAAAAUGAUCCAGUAAAUAUAAACCAUGGAUUAAAGAACAAAUUAGAUUUAAAGGAAUGGAUUCAUUAUCAAGGAAUAAAUCUCGACACCUUGGAUCUAGCAGGAAAGGAAGUUUACAACCGAGGAAAUCAACCAUCUGUGGAUUUUGAAACCCUUUUCAUAGAUCUACCAACAGUUCCUUUGAUAUCGGGACUCACCUGCUCGGUGCAGCAGAAGUUGUUGAGAUUCGCCCAGCUUACCAGUGUCCGAAAAUCUAAAGUUAAAAGAGAGCAACUCUAUGAUUCUGCCCUUCCUAAAAUCAGCACCCACAAUGUACCUUUUGGAAAAGGUAUAACCGUGUCGAAUAUAAAUGGUAGGGCUGUUGUCAGAGCUUCUGCGAGGGCUGAAAUUAUUCGAAAAGAUGUUUUUUCUGCUGUCUUCAACAACUGUCACAUUCUGGAUCUCCAUCUUACGUUCCAUGGGCUCGAUGUUUUUUAUUUAGUGAAAGACAAUACACGUCGAGUUGGAGAUGAUCUUAAUCAACUUCAGAGGCUUGGAAAUUCAGCAGUGAAUACGACAGUGCAUGAAAGCAAACAAGAAGAAAUUGAUGGUCUUCCACCGUCUAGUCAGCCUCAUCAGGUGGAUGUGAGAAUUCAUUCCCACCAUGCUAUACUCAAUAUUCGUUAUGGUACAUCGCCAGAAAAAGAGCGUCAACGAUUAUUGAGGCAUGCCAAGCGUCAGGCGGUAUCUAAAAGAUGGUCCCAGGAGAGAGACAUUAUAUCAUCAAACCAGAGAGGUCCUCUCAAGUGGUCAGAGAAAGAGAAAGAACAGAUACUUAGUACUGGGCAAGCGAGUGGGUAUAGAGGUGAAUAUUAUCACGAUGUGUCUCUGUAUCCUGAACUGGCGGACGAUCCCUCGAAUAUCUACUUCCACAAAAAUAAUGAUCGUCACAAUAAGAGGUGAUUCAAAGUAAGUGGUCAUGAUGAUCAAAUCUCUGCCUAAGUGCUGAAAAAUUAUAUUGAUAAUGAUGAUGAUGAGAGAAAGAAUUGAACUUCGUCAUUUUUGAAUUUUAGUCUUGUCUGAAUGAUCAAGACAGUGAAAGGUGCCAAGUGUCUGAUUGAAUGAUUUUUUCGUAUCUCAGGACAAAAAAUUGAGGACAGCUGAUGUGUUUCGAAAGACUAAAUAAGAGAUUAACUUUCCUAAUUUACGUGAUUCAAACUCAAACUUAUGUUCAUUGACAGAACUUAACAGAAAAUUAGUUGUCUUGUAAAUCUGUCUAACGUUCUGUAGCCUUCUGUUCGAACGACUUGUAGCAUAUAAAGAGAAAGGUUUAAGCUAUGAAAUUUAAAGAACGGAGGACAGAUAUUUUGAUAAGCAUGCUUAUAAAAGUGUAAUCUAAAUAUUAAUAUAAAUAUCUAUCAACUUUGACUGAAGCAUGUGUAUAAGGAAUUUAUAUAUGACUUAUUUUGAUCAAAUAUAAGAGAUUUUAUUUGUAAAACAUAUGCGAGUUUGGGUCGUGAAAUCUAAGUUCACCAUGGGAUAUUUUAAAAUUCUUUUUCAAGUGCAAUUCAUUUGAAAAAUGAAUUGUAAAUAGUACAGUGGAUGUAUGGAUAUGGAACUUUUAUGAAGUUCUUUGCUUCAGAACUUGCUAAGCGAUUUUAUAUUAGAAAAAUUGUGAAGAGAAUGAUUGUCUUUUUUAAGUGAGCUACGUUGCAAUAGUAGAUGCAUUAUGUUUAUGUUGGUUGCAUUUUCUCACCGGCAUUCCUACAUAAUGAUGGUCAGUUUAACAUUUUGAAUUAUUCUGUUUUUAAGAAGGUGAUGAAGUCAGUCUUGCAUGUGAAUAAAAGGAAAAAAAUGAAGUUUUCUUAUUUAUUAAACAUAUCUAGUCUACAUUAUAUCUGUACGUUAUAAAAUACGUUUUUGUAAAGUAUAAGUGAUACAAAUAUUUGAUAAUAACUUUUUCAUUUGCAACGUAAUUUAUUAGUGUGUUUUAUAAUAUUAAAUAAAUAUUCUUGAGAUGUAAUCAAUUUUAAACU